UCCAAAUUACUGGUAACUUAAUUACCUCGCUUUCCACAAAACCUCAAACUGAGUUUCUCUCUAAUGGUUCCAUGUUCUAUCGUUUUCUUUAACCAAAAAGAAAGAAAGAAAGAUCAUGGCUAAAAGGGAUCUGGUGUUUUAAUGAUUGAAACGGGUCACUUGCUUCUUUCUUUCAGGUGAACGAAUCUUUUUCAUGUUCCCUUUUAUUGCCCUGUCCUGUCCUCCAUUGCCUUGCCUCUUCAUUCAUUCAUUCAAUAAUUAUCUAAGGGUAGUAGUUUUCUGUUUGAAUUCAUCAUCAUGUUCUGAUCAUGACUAAGCCUUUUAAUCCCCGAAUACUCAAGGAUUCAAAUGGUGGUUGUGACCAUCUUCGAAACCAUGUUCAUUUGACUAAUUGUAUUCAUUUGAAGAAUCAUAUGCAUAAACAAAGUCCAUCUGAUAGGUCUUUAAUUAGACGAGAACUUGUUCUACUUCAGAGAUCAAGAUCUCUUAGAGAUCCUUCCACUAGUCCUCCUCAUCCUUCUUGGCAUCAUUCCCCUUUUGGGUUUGAUUCUAUACCUGUUAAUGCUAGGCGUUCUUAUGAAACCAAACAACAUGAUUUCGUUUUCGAGUCCAUUUCAGCUAAAUCUGUUGCUGCUGCUGAUGAUGAUGAUAAUGAACCUGAAAUCAUCUUUCCUGGUCCAAAGAGAGUGAAAUCCAGGAAUAGAAGAAUUAGAGACGACUACCCAGAUUUCUCAUCUCCAAACGAGGAGGAGGAGGAAGAAGAGGAUAAUGUGAAGAGAGGUCCAAGAAAUGGGUGUGGAAUACCAUGGAAUUGGUCGAGAAUUCAUGACAGGGGAAAAACAUUUCUUGACAUGGCUGGAAAGAGUUUAUCUUGUGGGUUAUCAGAUUCAAAAUCCAAAAGAAAUGAUCCUGUUAAUCUUCUUAGGAUGAUGUCUGAUAACCCUAGUUCAUCAUCUAUCAAAUCUAAAGUAGGAGAAGCAGCAACGCCUCUUCUAGUUCAAAAUUGGGUUCAUGAUUACUCCGGCGAGUUGGGUUUAUUCGUUGACAGUCUUUUGAAAAGUUCUGAAAGUGAUCUUGAUAAUUCAUCAACAUCAGAACCCAGAUAUGGAAACCAUCAAAAACAUCAUAAAUUCAAAACCCAUCAGAAUCUAACUCAGAAAUACUCCCCUAGAACAUUCCAAAAUCUCAUCGGUCAGAACUUAGCAGUUCAAGCUCUUUCAAACGCAAUCACUAAAAGGAAAGUCGGGUUUCUUUACGUCUUCCACGGUCCCCACGGCACAGGAAAAACAUCAACCGCUCGUAUAUUCGCUCGGGCUUUAAACUGUCAGUCCCAAACAAAACCAUGCGGAGUCUGCGAUUCUUGCGUUUCCUAUGAUAUGGGAAAGAAUCGCGACAUUACUGAAGUGGGUCCGGUCAGUCGUUUCGAUUUCGAUACAGUUAUCGAUCAACUCGACAGUAGUGUUGUUUCUCGAUCAAAGUACAAAGUUUUGAUUUUCGAUGAUUGCGAUAGUAUGUCUGCUUAUUGUUGGAGUGUUGUAUCUAAGCUCGUUGAUCGGGCGCAUACUAGGCGAUUGGUGUUUAUCCUCGUUUGUUCGAGUCUUGAUGUUUUACCUCAUGCGAUUGUUUCUAGAUGCCAGAAGUUUUACUUUCCAAAGAUUAAGGAUUCGGAUAUUGUCUAUGCUUUGCAAUGGAUUUCGGAUAAAGAAGAUUUGGAUAUCGAGAGGGAUGCGAUUAAAUUGAUCGCUUCGGGAUCGGAUGGAUCGCUUAGAGAUGCUGAGAUGACGCUUGAUCAAUUGAGUUUGCUUGGUGAGAAGAUCUCUGUUACAUUAGUUCAGGAUCUGAUUGGACUGAUCUCGGACGAGAAGUUAGUAGAUCUACUUGAUUUAGCAUUGUCGGCCGACACCACAACCAACACUGUCAAGAAACUGAGGGAGAUUAUGGAAACUGGUGUUGAACCGUUGGCAUUAAUGUCACAACUUGCUACACUUAUAACCGAUAUUCUUGCUGGCGGUUAUGAUAUUAUUGUUAAAGAUAAGGCGAGACGAAACUUCUUUUGCCAGCAAACCCUGUUAAAGGAUGAUAUGGAGAGACUUCGUCGAGCUCUCAAGACAUUAUCGGAGGCAGAAAAGCAGUUGAGGAGGGUAUCGAACGAUAGAUUGACAUGGCUAACGGCUGCACUUCUACAACUUGCUCCAGAUCAACAAGACUAUAUGAUUCCUCCAAGAAAAAGUGAUGAAAUACAACCACAAAAGAUAAAAGAAGGUGGUUCGAAUGGAAGAAGACGUCGUUCUGCUUCUGAUUCGGCUGCUCGAAAACAGUUAUCUGAUAUGGUAAUGGAAAAUAGAGAAAUUGAAGAGAUUUGGGUAAAAGUUCUUGACAGGAUCCAAAUUAAUAGUUUAAAAGUAUUUAUGUACCAAGAAGGAAAACUGGUGUCUUUCAGCUUUGAUGCAGCUGCCCCGAGUGUGGAAUUGAUGUUCAAUUCACAGAUUGCGAAAGCAAAGGCGGAGAAGUACAGAUCAUACAUCUUGCAAACUUUUGAAUAUGUUCUUAACACUCAAGUUGUUUUACAAAUCAGUUGUUGUCAGUUACCACCAAAAGAAGAAGCUUCAUCACAAAGAAGUAUGAACAAAGAGAAGGAUGGUUUAUUAUUAACUCAAGGGUCAUCUAGAUCUAGUUCACAUGGAAAGACAAGAAGCGAGAUUGUUGAAAUAGGUUCUGAAAGCGAACCGAAUGAUGUGAAGUUGAAGGAAGGAAAUCAGAGCCAGAGCAUUGUUAGAAGCAGAGUAUCACUAGCACAUGUACUUCAGCAAGACGAAGGAGGAGGAUCUAGACAGGUUAACAAUUGUUGGUCAAAACGAAAGGCAGUUUCUAUCGCGGAAAAGCUUGAACAACAGAAUAUGAAACUUGAACCGAGAUCAAGAAGCUUGCUUUGCUGGAAGGAAUCGGGUGUAACUCGUCGAAAGUUUUCGGGGAUUAGGAUAAGAAGGAAACAAUCACAGACGUUGAUGAGAUUCGUUUCGUGUGGAAAGUGCUUCGCUGAGAAUUCCCCUAAGGUAAAACGAGAAAUCGUAGUCUAUAGUUCUCGAGAUUAAUUGAUUGAUUGAAUAUUGAAUGUAUACUCAAUUUCAUAAUAAUUGAACUAACUAGUUUUUAGCUUCUUUUUAAAAUGAAUAACAUUGCAUUUGUCACA